UCUGACAGUUGAGAAAAGUUUUCCAACAUGAUGAUGAUGUUCUACACCCAACUCUUCACCUCCAAACGUGGUUCUCUGGCCAAAAUCUGGUUAGCAGCACACUGGGAAAAGAAACUGACAAAGGCUCACGUAUUUGAGUGUAACCUGGAAAACACCAUCAAAGAGAUCAUCUCCCCAAAGAUGAAGAUUGGUUUGCGAACAUCUGGUCAUCUGCUCCUGGGUGUGGUUCGGAUCUUCUCCAAAAAAGCCAAGUAUCUCCUGGAUGACUGCAGUGAUGCUCUGGUUAAAAUAAAAGUGGCAUUCAGACCAGGUAAUGUGUGAUUGCCGCUAAAGGGUCUUGAGGCCACGCGAAAAUCGAUUACUUUAAGUGAAGAUUUCACUUCGUUGGAUGGCCAGUUUCCCAACUUAAGUAGCAUAGAUAUAGUCGAUCACUUUUCACUGAACCAGAGCCGGUCUGAAGAAAUCACUCUGAAAGAGGAUUUUGGAAAUAACUUCCUGACCUUGUUAGACUACGAUGAUUCCCAGAGCCACCAGAUUGGACUGCUGGAUAUGACUUUCCAGAGCCUUGUUCAAGAUGGAGAUGCCUUUGGUGAUGAGGAUGCAGGAUGCGACCUUCUUGCCUUACUCUUUAACGCCAGUGAUCAUGCUGCAUCAACAGAGGAGGCUCAGAAUAAAGAUCCGCAGACUUCUACACACAAAUGCUGGCAGAAUGAUCUGAUGGAGGUGGAGAUGCCGUCAGUGAACGAGACCACUCUGUUGACCAACGAGAAAGAGGGCUUCGCCCUGGAUCCUGUGGCUGUUUACUCCAUCGUCUGCAAGGAAGAAAGGCAAGAGGAGAGGAAGCUGGUAGUGGACCAGACAAAAGAGCUGACUAAUGAAGCCAUCAGGGAGCAGCUUGCUGACUAUUCAGACAUGGUUGCCAGUUUGGACACGCCUCCUACCCGGCAGCUCAUGCAGUGGAAGGAGAAUGGUGGUGCUGCCAAACUCCGACAGCCAUGUUCUGCUGUCAUAACACCACAGAUAAAAGAGCUCUUUGCCAAGAAUAUUUCACAGAUGAAACCUUGCCGUGUCAGUGAGCAGAUUGAUGAAAUGCGUCACGGUGAAUGUGACGUUCAGAGAGACACGAGCGCGCUCACCACAGACAACGUCAUCGAAUCAUUAAUGGACUCUGACAACACGUGUAACGCUGAGCUGAAAGAUCUCAACCACACAAAUGACAAACAUGCUGGGAAGAUCUCAGAGUUUGCACAGGAUGAAAAUAUGUCAGAGUUGACUCAUCGACUUCCUCUGAAGAUUCCCUGUUUGUUCCAUCCGUCAUGGAUGGAGCAGGAGACUCGGUCCUCUACUGUGCACACGCAGUCUAUGCUAGACAGCCAGAACCUCGAGGAGAGGAGGAUGACCAGGCGAACACAGAAGCUUCUAAACACGCUGAAAAACCACAGUAACACGGACAACAGUAUCAGCCUGAAGGCGCUCUGUGGGAGGUGCAGCCGCUCACGCGCCGCAACCACUUUCUUGUGUCUCCUGAUUCUAAAGAAGCAACAAGCUGUCCAGGUGCAGCAGUGCGCCCCCUAUGAAGACAUCUUCAUCACACUCCAACCUGAGGUUUCAGAGUCCUAAAUCAGAAAAUCUGUAGGUUUGCAGCACAUGUUCUACUGAAUGUCUGAGAUGAGCACAAGUAUCCGAGGGUUAGAAUAAGUGCAGUAUUUUCAUAAGGUUUAUGGAAAAAAGAAUUAAAAAAAAAAACUGCUGAUGCAAAGAUGUCAAGGAAAAAACAUUCCUCUUCAACGCCGACAGCCAAAUGUUUUAAGUGGACUUCAGUGUCAAGAUUUGCACUUUUUGUAGUUACAAAACAUUAGUUCUGCUG